ACCAAAAGAUCAUGUCUAUUCACAUGCCUCGUUUAAUCAAGAAAUCUGUUAUAUCUGGAGAUGUUCCCAAAGGCCAUUUUGUUGUAUAUGUAGGGGAGAAUCAUAAGAAGAGAUAUGUGAUCCCGAUGUCAUUCUUGAGCCAACGUUUAUUCCAAGAGUUGCUCAGUCAAGCUGAGGAGAAUUUGGCUUUGAUCAUCCAAUGGGUGGUCUCACAAUUCCCUGCAGAGAGGACGCGUUCAUCAACCUUACUUCUCGUUUAAGGAACUGAAAAAGAAAACUUUCUUAACAGUCUGUAGAGUAGUAAAGCAGGAUACACAAUCUGUAUAGAGAAUACAAUUUUGAUGUUAGACUAGGUAGACUUAGUGAAACUUUAACUCCACAAAGACUGAUUGUUAGUACAUGUCAAAAGGACAAAUGACAUAUUUGUUUCUACUACAAGUUCUUUGAAAUUUUGAAUUAAUGAUGGUUCUAUUCGGUUAAUAUUUAAUUUUUUUGUCCUUGUAAUUCUCUAAUCCUCUCAUUGAAUAUUGGUUUUGAAGUUUAAUGUGUUGCUAAUCAUAAUGAGCCAAAAUCAACUUUAAAAUGGCCCAAACUGGUCACAUUUUCAGGUUAGUUAAAGAUGUGCAGAAUUUAAAUUUUAUAUGGAACUAUGCUGCUGUUAGCAUGCUAUGGUUACUCUAGCUCAAAUGUACAAGCGCUAAAGCUUUUGGCAAGCCAAAGUCCAACUGAGUGUAAUAGAGAAACAAAUGAUGUGAUAAAGUGUAUGGUACAGAGAUCCUUCAUCCGAGUUGAUUUACCUAGAUCAAUAGGCGUGCCAUAGAAAGGUAUUGUUACUUAAUGAGGAUUCUUCAAAAUUCUUUUGAAAUUAACAAAGAACUGCAUGCUGCCAUGCUGGUUAAUUACACUCACUUGUAUUGGAAUGCUCCUGCAAACAAGUCUUUGUAACUUAAUUUAAAAGCUACAUGUUCAGCCUUGAACUAAAAAUCUGCACGAAUGCAUUUCUGAUGGUCUUCAUCUGGAGUACUUCCUUAAUGUGAAAGCUUUUGUGUCCUAUGACCUAACAGAAGACUCACAUCUAGCUCGAACAUUGUUCUUCGUUGUUCUUAUUGACCGAAAUUUCAGAAUUUUCUGUCAGAAUGUAAGAUAAUGAUACUAUUUUCAUAUGCAGGACACAUGAUUCCUAUGGUUCAUGUUAUUAUGUUUAGAGUUUAUCAAAUUCUCAUAUCUACAUAGCUACUUACAGAAUCAGUUUUCACUUGAGGAGCCCCUGUUGGCUGCAACACAAAUUAACAGUAUCCACAGGCCAAGCUGUCAUCAUUGACUUGUCUGGUAUUUCUGAAACCUCCACUAAUUUUUUUUAUCCAAGUUGUAAGAUUAGACACAUAUUUUGGAUUAAAUUCAGGAUCAGGUUAAGAAGCAUCUGGACAUCCCAUUUCCAUUGUUCUGUUGGUAUGUAGUGAUGGAUAAUCCAUAUAUUUUUUUCGAAUAAAUAAUUCCUGGAACGCAACCUUAAAGGUAGGCCUGUUGUCUUGAGUUGAUGUGACCUAAGUCACAAAUACUUUGGGAAUGAGUUGAAAGGCAAAACCAUGUUACUUCAGGUGCUGUUGUCUUCCAUGGUACCCACAGAAUAGUGAUUAACAGGACUCUCUUAGUUGCCAUUGAUCUAUAUAAACACUUUCAAGAAGGUGUGUACCACCACAACACUCAGCAAACUUGAAAGUAUCCAAAGCUUUCUCUGCUUCUGAGGUCUUCAGUAUUUUAUUCUUUCUUUCUCAUCUAUACUAAAGCUAAAUAUAAUUGCUAUCCGUAUGCCUCGUAUAAUCAAGAAAUCUGGAGAUGUUCCCAAGGGAUAUCUUGCUGUGUAUGUUGGGGAGGAGCAGAAGAAGAGAUUUGUUAUCCCCAUAUCAUUCUUGAGCCAACCUUUAUUUCAAGACUUGCUCAGUCAAGCUGAGGAUGAAUUUGGUUUUGAUCAUCCAAUGGGCGGUCUCACCAUACCCUGCAGAGAGGACAUCUUCAUUGACCUUAUUUCUCAUUUGAGAAACUGAUGAAAAGACUUUCUUUCACAUUUUUGUAGAGCAGCAAAGCAGGAUUUGCAGUCUGUACACUUAGGAUUUAGAGAAAACAGUAGUUGAUUUUAGAAUGACAGUUGUUACUAAAGUCUGACUAGGUAGAUUAGUGAACUUAUCUCUGUAAAGGCUGAUUGUUAUUCAUGUCAUGUCAAAGGGAUGAAUAACACUUCAUUUUUUUCUACUUAAAAGAUAUCGAAGUAUUGAAUCUUUAUCA